GUAGUCUGCCAAGAUCCAGACAGAAAUUCAUAAAGUUUCUUUUUUAAAAGAUAAAACAGCAUUCUUUUCCUUUUCUUUAUUCAUUUAUCAAGAUCAAAGAAGACCCACUCACCAUCUCCGAUCUCCUUCUCUUUUCUCUCUUUUUUAUUCAAUUUCUUGAUAUUGUUAGUCAAUCUUUGCUUCUUUACGUGUAGACCGACAUAUAGUAAAUCUGAGAGUUCUGGGACCUCUCUGUUUUAACUUACCUUUUGGGUUAGAAUAGUUUUGUAGGUAGAUCGUCUUUCGUCUAUAUAUACACAUACAUGUAGAGAGUGAAAUAAUUGCGUUUUUGACGUUUGUGUGUAUCAGUCAGCGUGUCAGAUAGUUGAUAUACAUUUGGGGCAGGAUGAAGUAUAAAGAUGGGAAACCCAUUCACAAACAAAAUUCCAGGAAAGUUCCAAUGGUGCUAUUGCUUGUGGUUCUGUGUGGGGUUUCGUUUUAUCUCGGUGGAGUCUUCUAUUCCGAUAAGGGGAGUUAUUCAUCAACUAAUAGCAAUCAUGUCUCCAAGGAGGUUGUACCUCUCAAGGGUAAUGCUGGUGCCUCACUGCAAAACGACGCCACAUUGAUUCCGGAAUGCAGUCCUGACUUCCAGGAUUACACUCCAUGCACAGAUCCCAGGAGAUGGAGGAAAUAUAGUCUUCAAAGGCUAACUUUCAUGGAACGCCACUGCCCUCCUGCAUUUGAUAGGAUGGAAUGUUUGGUCCCUCCGCCGGAUGGCUACAAGGAGCCAAUCAGAUGGCCAAAGAGCAAGCGUGAAUGUUGGUACAGAAAUGUUCCAUAUGAUUGGAUCAACAAGCAAAAAUCUAAUCAGCAUUGGUUAAAAAAAGAAGGAGAGAAGUUCCUAUUUCCUGGAGGAGGAACAAUGUUUCCCAAUGGAGUUAGCGAAUAUGUUGAUUCCAUGGUAAGUUUGAUUCCUGGAAUGAAAGAUGGGACGAUCAGGACUGCCAUUGAUACUGGAUGUGGGGUAGCAAGCUGGGGAGGGGAUUUACUGGACCGUGGGAUACUAACAGUCUCACUAGCACCAAGAGACAAUCACGAGGCUCAAGUUCAGUUUGCUUUAGAACGUGGGAUACCUGCCAUUCUGGGGAUCAUUUCUACACAGCGACUUCCUUUCCCUUCUAGCUCCUUUGAUAUGGCUCACUGCUCGAGAUGCCUUAUUCCAUGGACUGAAUUUGGGGGGACAUAUCUUCUGGAGAUACAUCGCAUACUACGUCCUGGAGGGUUUUGGGUCCUCUCCGGUCCACCAGUGAACUAUGAGAAUCGAUGGAGAGGAUGGAACACCACAAUCGAAGAGCAGAGAUCAGAUUAUGAGAAACUCCAAGAUUUGCUAACUUCAAUUUGUUUCAAACUGUACAACAAGAAGGAUGACAUUGCCGUGUGGCAGAAAUUGUCAGAAAACAGUUGCUACAAGCAUCUUGAAAGUCCCGACAACUACCCUCCAAAGUGUGAUGACAGUCUUGAACCUGACUCAGCAUGGUACACACCACUUCGAACAUGUGUUGUAGUGCCAACUAUAAAGGGCAAGAAAGUAAAUUUGGAAUCGCUUCCCAAGUGGCCCGAAAGGUUGCAUGUUGCCCCGGGGCGGGUUCUUGAUGUUCGUGGAGGAAAUGAAGCUGUCUUUAGACACGAUGAUAGUCUGUGGAAGAAACGAGUGAAGCACUACAAGAAACUGCUUCCUUAUCUUGGGACUGAUAAGAUCAGAAAUGUCAUGGACAUGAACACAUUAUACGGAGGUUUUGCUGCUUCGCUUGUGGAUGAUCCUUUGUGGGUCAUGAACGUUGUUUCUUCUUACGCAGUAAAUACACUUACUGUGGUGUAUGAUAGGGGUCUCAUUGGUACUUAUCAUGACUGGUGUGAAGCCUUUUCAACUUAUCCUAGAACAUAUGAUCUCCUUCACGUUGAUGGCCUCUUCACUGCUGAAAGUCAUAGAUGUGAAAUGAAGUAUGUGCUUCUAGAAAUGGAUAGGAUAUUGCGGCCAAAGGGGUACGCAUUGAUUCGCGACUCCACUCAGUUUAUUGAUUCAAUCGCGGCCAUUGCUAAGAGGAUGAGAUGGAGCUGCCGUAAAGAAAAUACAGAGGAUGGGGGAGGAAAUUCAAAGGUGUUGGUUUGCCAGAAGGAGCUCCGCCAUUCUUCUUAGCCGCGCGAGUUCACCAUGUGCAGGUUUCCCUGAAGUCUCUUUGGGGGGAGACGUAAUUUACAGUGCGCUGCACUGGUCGAUCGUAUAGAAAAAGUCAAUAUUUUUUUAUCUAUAGAUGCUUGAAAUCGAAUUUCUUAUUUUCCGAAAAGAAAGUCUCAAUAAGGAAUGUAUUUCUGAUAUACGUACUUCAGUUUUGGUGACCUAAAAUAUAAUUUUGGCGAGGCUGGGCUGUUGACUUUUGGUGUUGCUCUUUCUAAAAUACUAGUAUGAUUUUGUGAGAUUUUGGUACCUAGCAAAAUCAUUAAAUCAACCGGAAUAUGUAUUGAAUUGAAUGAAUAUGCUCAAUUAUGAAAAAGUAAUUUGAAAAUGUAAAAAUAUAUAUAUAUAUGAAAAAUAAUUAAAAUGAUCAUUUAUAUUAUGUAAUGUAUAGAUGUACAUUAACCUUACUCAUAAAUAUGAUUAAGGUUCAGCUCAUUAGUACAUGUAGCCCCAGUCCAUUCUCUCCUUGUAUAUAUAUAUGCACUUUUAUAUGUGAAUGAAUGCAAACUUUUGUACAUUCCCUUUGUAUGGUCUCAAUAUAUCGUUCAGUAGGUAUCACAUCAUAUAUUAAGGAUGUUUAUAUUUGGAAUGAGAUUUUCUGAUCUAGUUUAGUCUGGUAAACGUCCGGUCUUUGUGUAUAUUAUAAUUGUCAAAGUCUGGUCUGAUCUUAGACUGAAAACAGACCAAGUAAAAACAUCCUAAGUUACCUCUUCGUAGUGUUUGAGUAGCUGAGAGUCAAUAUCUGACUUUUUAUCAUUACUAUUUAUGUGCACAACUUAUUUAGAGGAAUGGUUAUUUCUUUCUACAUUUAUUUAUCCAUAUAGGAUUAAAUUCUUAACGUGUGACUUUCUUUAAAAGUUAAUUUCAUUUGAGUUUUAUGCAAGAGCGCAGAUUAUACAUCUGAUUGUAC